AUGCAUAAUUUCUAUGAUUUCUAUCUAUAUAUUGAUUUUAUAGAUUCUAACAGAUAUGACCCUAAUACAAGUGAAUUUAUAAAAAAAUUAAUUUACAAUGUGGACAUUUAUAAAUUAGUAUCGAUAACUCGCUCUUCUGAUAUGCAGUAUUUCGAUGUUGAAGAAUGGAUAAAUCAGAUUAAUUUAAAGGUUAGGAUCGGUUAUAAUCAAAUAAAAAAAAAUAGUAACAGUGAAAUUUUGAAAAAAAAUUGUUGCAUAGCUAUAAAUUUUUACAUGGAUUUAAUAAAGUCCGCAAUUAAUUCAUCUAACUUAAUAAAUGAUCAUAAGACUUAUUCGAUCAACGGUCUUCAAGAAUACUGGAAUGAACACAUGAAUAUCGAUGUAUAUGAAUGCAAAAGAUUAAAUAAUAUGUUUCCAGACCUUGCAAAAUGUAUAUUGCAAAAAUUACGUGAUGAUAAAUAUAAAACUGAGAAUGAAAAUAAAACAGAAGAUUACAUUAAAACAGAAUGGGAAGUCAUAUUUAACAAUGCAGUAUUGUGCGUUAAAAGUAAGAACAUGAAGAUUAUUAAUUAUUUAUAA